AUGAAAAGUCAAACAAAAGCGAAAACAUCUAAAAAGUAAAUAAUUAAAAGAUUUAUAGUGCUCCUCAGAUAAUUUUAGAUUUAAUAGAGUAAGCUAAGUAAACGAGAUUAUAUUUGUUAAAGAGAAUAGGACCAACUAGUUUAAAGUAUUGUGAUGAAGAUGGAAAUAAAUUUAAAGUAGAACUGUCAACAAAUAUGAUUUGUUCGUGUAAUUAAAAUAACUCACAUUGCAUCCACACAAUUCAUGCAUUACUAAAAGUGUUUUAAGUAGAUGAAAAAUGUCCAAUUCUUUGGUAACAAUAAUAUUCUCAAUAUGAUAUUACAAAUAUUUUAAAUGGACAAUAUAAAACAUAAUCAUAAUAAACUAAAACAAGACAAUAAAUAAGUGUAAUAAGAUAAUAAUAGUAGUAAUAAGUAUAGUAAAAUAAUAAUACAUCUGAAGAUUAAUAAUAAAAUCGAUAAUAAAUAACAGAGGAUGAUAUGUGUCCAAUUUGUUAAGAGAGUUUAGUUUGUAAUGAAGCAUUAGUACAUUGUAAAAAAUAAUGCGGAAAUAAUUUUCAUGCUAAGUGUAUGAAAGUGUGGGUGAUGUAGAAAUAAACUGCUGGUAAAAAGAUUAAUUGUCCAAUGUGUAGAGUUGAUUGGGGUGAUACUGCAUUAGUUGAAAUAAGAUAAGAGGAGAAAAUAUUUGAAAAUCUACAUAAAACUCACAAUAAAAUAUGUAGUUAUUGUAAAAUUACACCUAUAAUUGGUACAAUAUAUACAUGUAUAUCAUGUUCAAAUUAUCAUUUAUGUGAUAAAUGUCAUAAUAAAAAGACUCAUUAAUAACAUAUCUUUAUGUUUAAGCAUUCAAGAUUAGAAAAAUAUUAAUUUGAGGUAAAUGUUACAAUAGAUUCAUUAAUGUAUUUAUUUCCUGAAAAUUUAAAUGCUGGUAAUCAUGAAACAGGAGGUUUGAUGUUAGUUGGUACUGGAUUCUAGAAAUAAAGUAAAUGUUCCUUUUGUUAUAAGUAAAAAUAACUUAGAUUAUUAUCAUGUGGUCAUAUUGCCGAUGAAAUAUGUAUUAAUAAAAUGAAAGAACAUUAUUAUUUAUGUCCUAUUGAUAAUUAACCUUAAUAUAUUGGAUUGUAUAAUAAUCUCACUUAGGAAGAAAAGAAUUUCCAUAUGACUGAAACUAAAAAAUGGAUUAUUUAAAAAGAAGAUGAAUAAAAUAUUUAAAAUCAUAAAUUACCUCCUAUUGGAAAACAUUUCCCAGCUCGACCUAAAUAAUUAAGUUAAAAACAUUUUGAAAAUACUGAUAGCAAAUCAAUGAAAAUCUAACACUUAAAAUAAUAAUAGUAACCAAUAAAAAGAUAAUUAUCAGCUAAUAGAAAAUAAUUAGAUAAUCCUUUAUAUAUUAAAUCUGUUAGAUCUUAAAUGGAGAAUAUUAUAUGA